AUGGCAGUGAAUAAGACCUGUGAUACUUUACAGAUUUAUGUAGGGAGCAUUCUUGGCCACUGCUACGAAGUUGUAGACUUGCUUGCCGAGGGCAGUUUUGGACCGGUGGCCAAAUGCUGCAACACAGAAACGGGCGAGAUGGUGGCCAUCAGAGUCAGUAAGAAGCAUUCAGAAGUCAUGCACCAGGCAAGGGAGGAAAUCGCCAUCCUGAAACGACUCCAAUGUCUGGAUCCAGACCAAUGCCAUAUUGUGCGCUGGAAUGACUUCUUCUUUGACAAGCACCUCAUCUGCUUGAACUUUGAACUCCUUGACCAGAACUUGAGGAUCUUCCAACAAGAGCGGAAGCUCGAGACUCUUUCCAUCGGGGAAAUCAGUCCAGUUUUGUACCAGAUGGCCACAGCGCUGCUACAUUUGAGCAACGUUGGAAUUGUACAUACCGAUAUCAGAACGGAAAACAUCAUGGUGGUUGACUGCAAUCAGCAGCCUUUGACGUUUAAGUUGAUUGACUUUGGUUUGGCUAAACUGGUAUCUUCUCUAAAACCCGGUGACUACGGACAGACCACGUGUUACAGGGCACCAGAGGUGAUGCUGGGGCUCCCCUACAAUGAGGGCAUUGAUAUGUGGUCUCUGGGUAUUGUAGCGGUCAAGCUCGCCACAGGUCACCAUCUUUACCCUGGGGAGACAGACUAUGAGGCUUUGUCUUAUAUCAUAGAAACACAGGGCAAGCCAUCUGAUUCCAUGCUGGAGCGUGGCGUACGAUCACAGUAUUACUUCAAAAGACGGAAUAGGUCAUCGGGUUGGAAAUUUAAGACUCCUAAGGAGAUGGGGUCUCCACCCGCAGAAAGCAGAGCCUUAAACCUCAAAUCUCUUGAGGAGAUGGAGGUGGUUCAGAAAUGUGACAACGAGGGUUUGUUUGUAAAUCUGGUAACAAUGAUGCUGCAACUGGAUCAUGAGCUACGGGUUAAACCUGCAGACUUUCUUCUACAUCCUUUUUUUAAUCCCAGCCUCACACUGCGUAGUGAUGACAAAGAGAACCCAUCAGACCCGACUAACUCUUCUGGAAGUGGAGAGAUCCAGGUGGAGGAGCAAAAGGAGACAGACAUACAAGAACGGUCCAGAGACGGUUGGUUGAAAAGACUCUUCAGGAAGAUUCAAGGGGCCUUUAAGACAAAUUAA